GGUGCCCAGCGCGGGGCUCCGAGCCGAGCCGUGCCGCGCCCCGCGGGGCUGCCCGCCGCCAGCAUGCCGCUCGCACAGCUGGCCGAGCCCUGGCCCAACAUGGAGCUGGUGCAGCUGGACACGGAGGUGAGCGGGGCGGGGGACGGCGACCCCCAGGGGUCUCGCGGAACAAAGGAGAGCCCGGCCGGCCUGCUCCUUCCUUCCUCCCUUCCUUUCUUCCUUCCUUUCCUCCCUCCUUCCUCCCUUCCUUCCUUCCCUCCGCUCCUACCCCGCUGCUCCGGCUGAGCCCCGCGGGGUUGGGAAGCGCUCCGGCGCGGCGGAUCGCUCGGAGCUGCCGGCUGCGCUGCUUCCCUUCGGUUCCUCGUUUCGAGCGGUGAAUGCGAGCAUGGCUCUGUGCCGGGGGCUUCCCCCGCCCGCCUCAGCGCUGCCCAGCCGCCGUCCUGCGUCUCUCCGCUGGAUGCGUGCGCUCCGCUCUUAACGAGGUGUGCGCUGCCCGCACCGCACGUUGCAUCGCAGCUGAAGCAGAACGUCGGCACCGCUCGCAGCCUUUCCCCCGCUGUAGGGCAGCCGAAGUGUGCGCACAAACGUCUCCUCAGCCCAACUACAGCUCACGGCUUUCCGGAUAGAAUGGGCAGGCUGCUCCAGAGGAAGGCGGGAACCCUCCGUGCAAGCUGGGCUUCUAAGGCUUGAGCCUUUGCCUCUUUGAUCAUCAAGCACUUGGCUGAACUGCCCUCCUGGUACCGUGGGUGCCGGCGUCCUUCUUUGCCCUCUGCUGAAGCGCUGUGUCUGUGUGCUGUGCCGACAAUCCCAUUUUCAGUCAUUUUUAAACCUGCAGAGCCCUCCUGAAAUAACCUCUGGUGCGUUUUCCAAGUUUGUACAAGGUGUACAUUCUACAGGCACGAAGACAAAUCCCUGCUAUAAACACAUACCUUAUACUUAACUCUGGCACUCUGCACCAGCUCUGGCACUCCGGAGGGAGAAGCGAGCAGGCAGCAAACUCAAAAUCUCUGUCUUUCUGUCAGCUUGGGAGCCAAUGUGAGCAGCAGAUUGUGGCACUGCCUCCUUUUACCUACAGCAAGGACUAAAGAAGGAGAAGAAAGCAGCAGCAAACACCCAAGGCUGUGUGUCUGUGACUGGAAAGCUGCUCAGGGUCUCUCCCGUACCCCUCUGUUCCAGAUCUGCUGCUGCCCUUCUUGAGCUGGGGGACAGGAGGCACUCCAUGUUGGGUUUAUGCUUUCAUCCUUUUGUGGCUCAUUCUGUGAUCUCUGCUAAAAAUAGCUGGAAGCAGCGACAGCGGCGAUUCCUCAACGCCCACACAAAGUGCCAUCCCUCCCUCUGUCCCUGUCAGCAGGAUGCUGCCAGAAGAAAAACCUUUAUCUGCUUGGGCAAGAACCAAAGAAACCUCAACAAAGAGGAAAUCCAAGGGUUCCUCAAAAGAGUUGGGAAUUUGGCAGCUGGCAGCAUGGGGCUCUAACACCUCCAUCUUCUCCCUCCCGUUCCACCUGCUGUUGUUGUGAACUGGGGCCUUUGGGAAUGAAGCACAGCGGAACGAUUGCUGCAGAUGUAGGGAGAGGAGGUCUGGGUUCAGCUGCCUGUGGUCUGGGAACAGCCAGGCAGCCCUCAGCCUCCUUCCAAGGACUGCUGGGGCAUUUCACAACUCCUGGCUUCUAUUCCUGUGUGGAUUCCCACCUUUUGAGAACAGCCGUGGUGCGCAAGUCCCUGCAAGCAGUGUACCUUGCUGUGUUUAUCUGAGUAUCUUGGAAAUGCCUGCAAGAUCCUACAGGUUGUGCAGAGUGUUAUCCGGAGUGACUGCCUCUCCUCACAUAGUCAGAGCCAUCCCAUCAGCAUUCCAGCUGUGUGGCACCGGGAUUUCCAAGCCAAACCCUCACCUGACAACAAACACGAUCCUAAAUUGCUAAUGCCUGAAUCCUUGCUUAUCUGGCUGUUCCCACUGUAAGAGUUUUCAGUCUGCCAAGCAGUCCUGGCAGCAUCCCUAGAACUGGAUUGCUGAUCCAACUGCAUUGAGCAGGAGAACUUUGGACAAGAUGGGUGCAAGUGUGUCUGCUUUUUGCUUUUCUCCCCGUUGGUGGUGGUGUUCAAACAAUUCAGUGUUGGCUUUCAGCCAUCAGCAGUGCCCUUGGCGUAGUUUCAGUGCAACUUCCCCAGCACAGCCGAAGGUCUCUUGCUUUGCUCCCAGGGCUGCUCUGUGCCAGGAGCUAAUUGCCAGUGCCCGUGCACUGCUCUCCAGGGACUAAACCUCAUUCUCUCCUAUGUUCUCUCGAUUUAAUUGUCAGGUAGGCUGAGGACUGGUCCUUGUUCAGCUGAGGAAUGGCAACAGAGGGCUUGAAUUGAGUGGAAAAACAGAACCUGUUGUCAUUGGGGUUUUACAGCCAGCUUGGCUGAGGGGUGAGCACAUGCUCCCUGAAGGUGCCGAGUGUGAGGAAUUGUACAUGAAAGUACAACACCCAAUUAGUGAAAUCACUUCAUAAUGAAGAGCAGAGGAGUGGAUUUGCCGCGCUGAGUGUGCCCACUCUCUCUGGAGGUAACACUGGGAGCACUGAGCAGUUUGUUCUUGGGUGAUAAUCACAGCAUGCAGUGAAACCUGGGGAGGUGAAUGAGUUACCUCUUCCAGCUCUGCUUUACACCAUAAAAGAGACCUUUGAGACAGGAGCAGAGCGCUGCUGUUGUGCCAAGCACAGGGUGCUCCUCUGCAGCACAGUGCAUUGGUGCUUGGUCAUGGCUGUGCUCCCCAGCAGCCCACAUUGCCCAGGCUAUGCGUUCAGUACUGCAGGUACCUCCAGCUCCAGGCUGAGCACCAACGGGAGAGCAGUAGUGAUCCUCAUCAGCACAGUCUCCGAUCGCAGCCUCUUAAAGUGAAGGGUUUUAAAACAAACAAACGGAGUGCUCUUCUUUGAAGCAGCGACCUGCUGUGUUUGCACAGCUGUUUUCUGCAAGAGUUAGAAAGUUGCUGAGUGUGGGAAGAGACAGGUAUCUCAGCAAAGGCAUUCUCUGCCCAGUGCCCCUCCUUGUUGCUUCCAGCUGCAUAGCAAAGCAUGCUCUUGCUGGUUGGGUCCCCGAGCCUUGGGUGCAGGACAGCACAGCACUGCCUGGAAAUCCUCCUGGCCUGGCUGCAGUUAUUGCAUCUUUCCACAUGCAGCCUUUCAGCCUGGCAGGGGUGAAGCUCUGGAGCGAGCUGGCUGCUCUGUGUUGCCAGCUGAAGUCAUUGAGUGGUUUUGUUUUCAAUACAGUGCCCAACAGCUUUUCGUCCUCAGCGGGGCCAGGCUGUGGUGGUUAACAGCAAGUGUCUGAGCUCCUUAAAAACACAGCAACAAAAUGCCUGCUUGAGGAGCAGAGCCUCUCUGAUGAGCUGCAGGCUCUAAUGAAUAACUGAAGAGGGGUCAGUUUGCAGGAGUGCAGUGUGAGGAAGGCAGAGCUGGAAUGGCCCUCCCGCACAUUGAUGUCUGACCGAUCAGAACUCUGCUCUGCUUUCUCCUCUUCCAUUUCCAUCCAUGUCAUUGAUUAAUAGAAAUUGCUGCAAGGUCUGUCUCCCAGAAGCCUCUUUUACUGGGAAAAAGAAAAAAAAAAACAGAAAAAAACUACACAAAACCUCUUUUGCCAUAUUCCACGAGGAAACUCAUGUUAUCCAUCUGCCCACCAGAGUUCAAAGGAAUGAACUUUCAGCCUUGUGGGAAAAGUCCUUCUCGCCUUCAGGCAAAGUCAGACAUCACUUGGGUAGAGAAAGAUCUGGUGGACUCAACAGACAAGGGCGAGGGCGUUGUGAAGGAAAUCAACAUCACGCACCAUGUGAAGGAGGGCUCUGAGAAGGCCGACCCUUCGCAGUUUGAGCUUCUGAAGGUUCUGGGACAGGGCUCUUUUGGCAAGGUUUUCUUGGUAAGAAAAAUAACACCACCAGACAGCAACCACCUCUAUGCCAUGAAAGUGCUUAAAAAGGCAACACUGAAAGUGCGUGAUCGUGUAAGGACAAAGAUAGAGAGAGACAUCCUAGCUGAUGUAAACCAUCCCUUUGUGGUAAAGCUGCACUACGCAUUCCAGACAGAGGGGAAGCUGUAUCUCAUCUUGGAUUUCCUCCGAGGAGGUGACCUUUUCACUCGGCUUUCCAAAGAGGUCAUGUUCACAGAAGAGGAUGUGAAGUUCUACCUAGCAGAGCUUGCUCUUGGACUUGACCAUUUGCACAGCCUGGGAAUCAUAUACAGAGACCUCAAACCGGAGAACAUCCUCCUGGAUGAAGAAGGACACAUCAAACUCACAGAUUUUGGCUUGAGUAAGGAGGCUAUAGACCACGAGAAGAAAGCCUACUCCUUCUGCGGGACGGUGGAAUAUAUGGCCCCAGAGGUUGUAAACCGUCAGGGCCACUCCCACAGCGCGGACUGGUGGUCCUAUGGGGUGCUGAUGUUUGAGAUGCUCACCGGCUCGCUGCCAUUCCAGGGAAAGGACCGCAAGGAGACGAUGACCCUCAUCCUUAAAGCAAAACUGGGCAUGCCUCAGUUUCUGAGUGCUGAGGCACAGAGCCUCCUGCGAGCCCUUUUCAAAAGGAACCCAGCCAACAGAUUAGGUUCUGGUCCAGAUGGGGCAGAAGAGAUAAAGCGUCAUCCGUUCUACUCUACUAUUGACUGGAAUAAGCUGUACCGAAGGGAAAUCAAGCCACCCUUCAAGCCUGCUGUAGGCCAGCCUGAUGACACCUUUUAUUUUGAUACAGAAUUUACAUCGCGUACACCAAAAGAUUCCCCAGGCAUCCCUCCCAGUGCAGGUGCACAUCAGCUCUUCCGCGGCUUCAGCUUUGUGGCCACUGGACUGAUGGAAGACAGUAAGGUGAAACCUGCACAGCCCCCUCUGCAUUCUGUGGUGCAGCAGCUGCAUGGCAAGAACAUCCAGUUCAGCGACGGCUACGUGGUGAAGGAGGCGAUUGGUGUGGGCUCCUACUCGGUGUGCAAACGGUGCAUUCACAAAACAACCAACAUGGAGUAUGCGGUGAAGGUUAUUGACAAGAGCAAACGGGACCCUUCUGAGGAAAUUGAAAUUCUCCUGCGAUACGGACAGCAUCCAAACAUCAUUACCUUGAAAGAUGUUUAUGAUGACGGGAAGUACGUGUAUCUGGUGACAGAACUGAUGAGAGGAGGGGAGCUGCUAGAUAAAAUCCUGAGACAGAAGUUUUUCUCGGAGAGGGAGGCCAGUUCAGUCCUGCACACAAUCUGCAAAACAGUGGAAUAUCUGCAUUCUCAAGGGGUAGUUCACAGGGACUUGAAACCCAGCAAUAUUCUCUAUGUGGAUGAGUCAGGAAAUCCAGAAAGCAUUCGCAUAUGUGACUUUGGCUUUGCCAAGCAGCUGAGAGCUGAGAAUGGUCUUCUCAUGACUCCUUGCUAUACCGCAAACUUUGUGGCACCUGAGGUACUGAAGCGACAGGGCUACGAUGAGGGCUGUGACAUCUGGAGCCUGGGAGUCCUCCUUUACACUAUGCUUGCAGGCUGCACUCCAUUUGCAAAUGGACCCAGUGACACUCCAGAAGAGAUCCUGACGCGAAUAGGCGGGGGAAAGUUCUCUGUCAAUGGAGGCAACUGGGACACCAUUUCUGACGUGGCCAAGGACCUGGUAUCAAAGAUGCUUCAUGUAGAUCCUCACCAGCGCCUGACAGCCAAGCAGGUCCUGCAGCACCCAUGGAUAACACAGAAGGACAGCUUACCCCAGAGCCAGCUGAAUUACCAGGAUGUCCAGCUGGUAAAGGGGGCAAUGGCUGCCACGUACUCUGCACUGAACAGCUCCAAGCCGAGCCCCCAGCUGAAGCCUAUCGAGUCUUCCAUCCUGGCACAGCGGCGGGUGAAGAAGCUCCCCUCCACCACCCUGUGAGGAUGGGGCAGCAUGGGGUGGUUACACCAGACUUUGCACAACUACUGAGGUGUGGCAGGACAUAGGGCAGUUGGUGCCUGCCCCUUGAGGACUUGUUCUCAAAUCCACAUCAAGGCCAAGUGCCUUCUGCCUGCAGUAGUCUGGCUCCUCCUUGUGUGGACUGAUCUUUGCUGAGAGAACUUCACUGUAAAACUUUUUUGAAGUGUAAAUUGUUGAUUUUUAAAGACAUCCAUCUGUGUAUAUGAGAACUAGAAUGUAUAACUGAUGUCAAGUGGCACUAAAAAGCAGCUCUGAUUCACCCUUUCCCAUGUAGGGCCAGAUAUUUGUUGUAGCUAUGUCAUUUCGAGUAAGGUAGGGAUCAUCUAGAGAGAGUCCAGCAGAGGGCCACAAAGAUGAUUAAGGGCCUGAAGCCCAGAACUGGUCAUGGUAUUCCAGAUGUGGCCUCUCCAGGGCAGAGCAGAGGGGCAGGAUCACCUCCCUCGUCCUGCUAGCCAUGCUUUUUUUAAUGCACCCCAGAUUACCAUUGGCUUUCUUUGGCCACCAGGGCACACAGAUCUACAGAGCUGUGUCAUUUGCCCUGUGACAGGCAAACCAGCAGUACUGUAGCAGGGCUGCAUACUGGGCCACCUCCUCUCAGGUGUAUUACACCACUUUGCAGUGGGAAAUAAUGAGAACUAGUUGGGUCAAGGCAGGAAUCAACAGGAAUGGUGGCAGGAUGUGGGCUGCAGAGGGGAACUCUUUCUCUCAGGGCAUUUUAGCGUUAAUAGAAACUAACACUUUGAGAUGAACUGUGCUAGAAGUAAAUCCCAGAUCCACUCUCACCUGCAGGCCAGUGCUGGAGCUGCCCCAGUGCUGGCAGAGCAGAAUGGCAGAGGCUGCGGGUGCACAAGGGUGUGACUGAAGUCAGCAAAGGUCCUUGUGCAAAUUUCUGCUACUGGCAAGUUUUGAUUAUUAGUUCCCAAUCAACCAAGUGCUGUUACUUUUUUAAUUCCAGUGCUCAAUAAAAAAGGAUGUGUUGAUCUCUGUGUAUGAGAGCUGUGGGUAUCCGUGUGGCCAGGCGGCCCCUUGCUCCCUUUGUGGUUUUCUCUGACAGCAUUAAAACUUUCCCAAAAUAUAGAGGGAUUAACUGCUAUUAUCUGAAUGGAGGUCACAUUACUCGGAGUGAAAGCAGGGCUCCUUCAACCUGCAGUCCUGUAGAUCCAUAGGAAAGCUUUGGCAAGCUGAAAUCUGGGAUCCAGCUUCUAAUCACGGAGUCUACUUGGAAUUAUUCAGUUGUGCCCGGGUACUGUGUUAACAAGUGGCCUGCAGAUAGCAGUGAGCAUCUCUCUCCGUGUAAAUGCAGCUUCUGUGUAGGAAAGGUUGAGCUUUCCCAUUUGGGAGCAUAAAUCAGCAAUAUUUUCUGUUGUAGAAGGGCUGACCCAGCUGAGAGACUGUUUUCCUUCUUCCCACUGCGUAAAGCAGCCGUGCCUUCCUCUUAAUGAUGUGGUACUGACCUGUCAAAUUAAAUGGAGCAUAAAUAAAUGCAUUUUGGCCUGGUA